UGGUCGGGUAGGGGAGGAAGGAUGGUGGUGGAAUAGAAAAGGCAAGUCCGACAACAAACCAGCACCACAAUCACCUCAUCUCCAUCUGCCAUGAAGAGAACACGAGCAUCCCUUCUCCUCCAACCCCACCAUCUCCUCCUUGCCCUUUUUCUCCUGUUUGGAGCGGCAGAAGGCGGUCAGUGGAGAAGAGGACAGAAAGGCUUCUCACGAAUCAUUGGAGGAGUAGACGCAAAACCUGGCGAGUUUCCACAUCAGGCAUCGGUGCAGCACAGAGGGUUCCUGGGCUCAAGGCAUUUGUGUGGAGGCACCAUACUAACAGAGCUACACAUUCUCACUACUGCCGACUGCAUUGACGACUUCACGGUGAGCAGUCUGUCUGUAGUGGCGGGCGUCACCAACCUGGAAGAUCACGGGGAAAGUCGCCAAGUGAUACAAGUCGGAGCGGCGAUCCUUCAUGAGCACUUCAACAGGAUCACUCACUCCAAUAACGUGGCCAUCCUGAAGCUAAAGGAGCAACUGGUCCUAGGAGACUUGGUGAAGCCGCUGCCUCUGCCACCUGACGGGGAGAUCGUGCCUGGGAACACACUCUGCACUGUCAUUGGCUGGGGUGCCACCAUCGAAACUGGGGAUUACUAUAAGCAGCUACAGAAGGCAGAAAUGACCACCCUGACAGACAAGGAGUGCAGGGCAUCCUACGGCGCCAUGGCCAUCGAGGACUCCAUGAUGUGUGCAGGUCUGCCGUCAGAAAAGGUCGACACUUGUGAUGGUGACGAGGGCGGACCGCUCCUCUGCAUGGGGCACCUGCACGGCAUCACCUCCUGGGGCGAGGGGUGCUUGCAGUCCUACUACCCCAGAGUGUUCUCGGAGGUGGCCUACUACAGGAGCUGGAUCAUGAUGUAUAUUUCCAGCUGAUGAUCACAGCUUGCAAUAACUAUCCUUUGCAUCAAUUACCUGCAUUACUGUAACAUUUUUAUCUGUUGGACUGAGGAUCUCACCACUACAGCUGUGGUGGACAUAAAGUUGAUUGUCAUUCCUUAGUUUCUCGUAAUACAUAUCUUAUACAAAGCUGGCAAAAUUUUUGUAAUUAUAUUAAUGCUGUCUUUCAAUGUAGUGAAGCAGGAACAUUUUCCAAAACUGAUCAAGGCAUGGAAUUACAGCAAAUUUCUAGCCUUUAUUGAGUAAUUGGCUGUUCAACAGUAGGAAGCAACACUAAAUACAGUUGAAAUUCCUUUGUCUCAUUACCAAGAUGGACAGCAAGGAGCAGUCCCUCUGGCAUGUGCAGCGUACUUGUUGCUGACGGUGACUACAAUGGCUUGAACAUUCUUGUGGAUGGAAGGAUAUUCCCUUGAAGUUAUAGAGAGGAGACUAACAAUAAGUAAUAUAAAAAAAAGUUUAUAUGAAAACACAUGUAUAUUCACAGGUACAUAAAAUGGCUCUGCUUCUGUUAUUCUUAGGAUGAAUGUAUUUCUUACAAUAUAAAUAUAUUACAUACUAUAUAAACAUGCAAAGACUAACAGACUUUGACUGAAACAUGUUUACAGUCAUGUAGACAAGGAAUGUUUCAUAAAGAUUAUAAUUAUAUUAUAUUUACUUUCUUAC